AUGGCGGCGCACUUGCAGUUCGUGGAGAACGAAUGGGCUUGCCCGCAGACGGUGACGCUCAGUGACGGGUCGUGGGUGGACGCGCCCUACAUGCAGUGGGACCGCGCCACGGGCACGUGGAAGUGCCUCAUGCGCGCUACGAAUGGGAGCAGAGUGACGGCAGAUCACUUGGCGGCGGCCAGAGACAAGAACAGGACAGAGGGAGCUUGGAACCAUUUGGCAUCUUUCACGCGCGGCUGGCAGGUUGACAUCGUGCAGCGCAAGCGGCACCGGGACUUCAGCCGCCGCCCGCAGCAGCUGGCCAGCCAGUACCUCCAGCUGGACCUCCGCCUCCAGCAGCUGGAGCUCCAGCUGCACCUCCGCCCCCAGCAGCUGGAGCUCCAGUGCGCAAUCGUCGACGGGAUCGCUGGUUUGCAGGUGGGUACGAAUGCCACGCACGAGGCCAUCGAGGAGUCGAACAACCUGUUGCAGACGCUCGCAGAGCGAGUGCAGUUGGUGGCGGGCCGCAUCGCGGAGACCAACGAGCUGCUCGGGGUUAUGGCCCAGGCAGCGCCGCGCGGGUCGCCAGCGCUGGCCGUGCGCGCGAACCGCGGUGAUGCGGCGCCCUCCAAGGCGGCGCCCUACCAGCAGAUGCAAUGA